UUAACAUAAAUGUCUGAUAAAAAAAAAAUGACAUCCUAUUCAUGCCACAUAUCGUGGCACAAAAGUCCAUAUUAUUGUAAAUUUCACAAUAUAUUACUAAUAUCAUCAUUUCUCUCACAGAGUAAUAUGGAUGUGGAUAUGGCAUCAUCGUCAACGCCAACCAUGCGUUCGGCAGUUUCCGCCCCUCGCUCUGAAGCUGCCCCAAUAGCAGCACCCCGGGCCAACACUGCACCGGCAGCGCCACGAACAACGACAGGCUCCACCGCGACAACGGCUCCGCGUCAAAGCACGCCUGCAUUACCAGCGAACCUGCAACAAAUUCUUUGUCCACUCUGCCGCCGCCCGCAUCGGCUAUCGCACUGCGGUAUCUUCAAAGGCAUGCCGCCGAUGCAACGCCAGCAGGUGGCACAGCCGCACGGGUAUUGCCUGAAUUGUCUGGCAACUUCCCACGCAACUCAGGAGUGCCCAUCACAUAAUCGUUGCCAAAUCUGUGUGCGGGCUCAUCAUACGCUGCUGCACCGUACUACCAGACGUGACUCCGGGCGCACACCGGCUCCUCGCACCAGUAGUAACGUCAGGCGUUCUCAAAGGACUCCUGUGACGACAUACCGCCGGCGCGGACCCUCUCCAGCAGAAUCCCGUCCCUGGCGCCAAAACCGGGCAACAUCAACACGACGCCAUCAUAUUAGGCCGCAAUCCCGCCGUUCAAAAGGUCUCAGCAGCGUUGUAGCUACGCUACAGCAGCUACAGCGGCUUCUAGGGUAAAUACUCGCCUAGUGGGGCCGGGAUGGCUAAAUGAGUAGCGACGUCGCAUCACAUCUGCAUGUGUAUUUCUUUAACGAAUUUCGGUGUAUACUCAUUUUUGUGAGUAACUGUACAUACAUAAGAAUUAUUGGGCAAUUGCUUUCUAUUUCAGAAAAUUUAGAUUUGA